CCACAUGAAUCUAUUUUCUUCAGAGUAUUACAAGAUCGAAUUAUGGUUCACCUCCUAACACUGAAGCUCUUGACAUUGCAAAUUUGGUAUGUUCAACCGAGAUGCAGAAGCAUGACAAAACAUCAAAUGGCCACUGUACAGUACACACAAUCUAUUUGUUCUUUAUUGGGUCCUUGUCGCCGAGUUCUCUGGUUUAGUGCGUUAUCAACGCGUGUCUCUUAAGUUUAUUAAGUUAACAAAUGUGUAUCAUAAAUCUCUAGAAAUGUUCAUGGAAUAUGUGGCAGUAUACAAGAACCAGCUACCAACGAAAUACAUGGAACCUAUCUCAGCGGGUACAGAGAAAUUAUAGUCAGUGUGAUGUAUACCCUAAGUUAAACAGAACUCUAGGUUUAGGUAUCAGCGUUUUUUUCCAUCGCUGAUUGCUUUUGCAGGUUAAGCCAACUUAAAGUGUAUAUAUUUACAGCCGGAGGUGACUUUGUUUGUGAAGAUUUUGCUGACCUGUUAAAAGAGGACGGACCAACAAAAUGGCAGAUUAUAAGGAAACGAGGAACCUGAGGUUCAAGUACCGCAGCCUGUUGAUCGGGGUGGUGGCAAGCGGAGCCGUGCUGGCCAUAGUCAUCGGACUCGCCGUCGGCUUGACAAUACAACGAUGCAACGAGCGCAAAGAGGAAACCGUCAAGGUGGGUCUGCUGUUUCGGAGCGACGUCCAGUCAGCGGAGGCCAUGAAGGAAGCAGCGAUGUUGGCCGUGGAUGACAUCCGUGCCCAUCGGGAGAAGGUACCGUCAGCUGCGGGCAUCCAGGUCCACACCGGGGACUACGAUGGAUCUCCAGACGGGGCUCUGCAAACUUUCCGCCGCCUGUACAGCCAGCAGGGCGUGCGUCUCUUCGUGGGUCCCGACACCAGCAGACACGCGGUCCAUGUGGCGGAGUGGGCGAUGGUGAACGCACCGGACGCGGUCUUCAUUUCUCCACGAGCAACAUCCGAACGACUGACCAACGCCACGAACACCAUACGACUCAGCAUGGGCGACCAUGCUCUUGCUCUGGCCUUGUACCUCAAAAUGCAAAGUAGCAGCGUUUCCGUCGUCAUCCCGGUACACAUCGAGGACAUCUACUCUACGGACCUGGUGCAGAGGAUUCGCGACCUGGCAGACGAUCUGGUGAAUGACAUCACAGUCAGUACCAGUAUCAGCUACGCACCGGGGACAAUCACCAACAAGGAAGAAGCCCGGAGGCUGACUGAACAACUUCGCGACGCCCUCAGGGACAACCCAGAUGCAGUCGUCCUCCUUGUGUCGUAUUCUGAAGCCCAGUUUAUUCUGGAAGCAGCCAAUGGUGACAGCACCCUGUUGGGCCGCAUGUGGUACACCGGGGACUCCUUGGCUCUCCGAGAGGACAUUCUGCGUUCUGAUGACGCAAAGCAGUCUGCACAAACGGUAGGCUUGUACGGACUGGCCUACGCAGGGGAGGGGCUUCACAGCAAACGGAGGAUGCGCAAGAUGCAGAAGCUUGCUGAUCGUCUGAAACGCUCGCCUUCCGUGUUUGCCCCGCUGGCCUAUGAUGCCGUCAACCUGAUUUACGACACCUGUCAGGUAACCCGGACAACCGAUGCUCAGGUGGUUCUUGCACACCGGCUUACCCGCGAGGCAGAAUGGCAGAACGGACUGUCCGGCAGGCUGGCAAUCGACUCUACAAGGGGGCGCGCGUUCGGAGAUUUCCUGCACUCGUUCGUCGCUCCACAGAUUCCAGACACAGGCAAGGUCACCGUCGCCAUGACAGGGUCCUGGAUUCUGGACGGACUGUCGCAGGUACAUGCUGACCUGGAUGAUGAGUCUGACCAGCAAGGCGGCGGAAGGCGUGGCACGGAGGUAGCGACCUCUGACCUGAUGUCCAUGUCCACUGUGAUGUCCGCUGCCAAAUCGUCUGCCUCGCUCUUCAACAAGUCUGAUGUCAUGGCGCUGAAAGCAUUGGCUGGAAACGACUGUCGCAACUCGAAGUUCUCCAUCACUGCCACGGAUCCAGCAACAUACAUGCAGGUGCAGCAUGACUUCACGGACGCCACAUUCCCGGAGAUGUUCAUAGUUUCGACUGCCUACGGCUACAGUCUGCAGAUGAGCUGUGAGAAGCCGGAAGGGCCCGUCGUGCUGGACGUCCUCUGCCCGCCAAGCAUCAAUCCUAGAGACGAAAUGACCUGUGUACAUACCAUCACCUAUCCUGUUACUGAUCAGCGUGGCCGUCGCCGCCUGCUGUCGAGCUCGGGCAGUGCAGGUGCUAUCGCAGCGUGUGCAGGCAGCACUGUUGGAUGUGGCCUUUGCACUGUGAUCAGUGAGGGUGCAUGUGGCCCGGCUUGUGCUGUGGGUGUUUCAAGCGCCCGUGGCAGCGCUGCUGGUAGCAGCACGAUCAUCUGCACUGAGCUUUUUGCCCAAGGCCAUCUGGAUGCGCAGACGUACCUGGCUGAUGCCGCCUUUGGUCGCCAGCUGGCUGCCGAGUCCCCACACGUGAUGGAAGGGUACCACACCCUGGCCACCCCCAUCGUCUGGCUCAUGCAGCGAUCGGACACUGCAACAGACAUCGUCAAGACCUUUGCCCUACCCUGGGCCCGACACAUGAGCUACCUACAGGACAUGGCGGAUGAAGGGGACGAGUUCGGGGCCGUUGUCAUGGAGAUAGGGAUGACCCUGAGUGGUGCAGUGGGGAGGGUCACACAGGGGACCAGGGCUGUCAUGGCGCUUGGUGAUGUCAUCCUUAUCCCUGUCCUCAUCGCCAUGGUUACCAUUGUGGCAUGUCUUGCUAUGCGCAAGAACAACGAUGGCAUGAAAUGAUUACAGAACCUUGUGGUCUGUUCAAGCGGACUUGAAUUAAGAUUUGAUUCCUUUCUGUCACCAGCCUAUGUAGUAACUGCAUUUUCCUGCUAAUGCUAAUUUUCUUCUGGUGACAUAAUUUGCAUCAGUUUGAAAGGAAACUUAUGGUAGUAGAAUUUUUAUAACCUUUAUAUACACCUGAUUCACAGUAUAACAUCAGAGUGUUUUCAGGUAACCCCUUAACUAAGAUAUAAUUCUUUUCUGUAUGUAGUAUCUGUAUUUUUCUGCUAAUGCUCUCAUCAUAUAUUUAGAUAAUCCAGAUACUAUUAGAUUUAGAUACAUAGAUAAAGCAGUUAUAUAAUGUUUCUCUGGUGACAAAGCUUGUAUUAGUUUCAGUUUGGAAAGAAACGUUAUAAGCGUAGAACUAUCUGAUUUUCCAUGCAAAUGCUAUCAUUAUAUGCUUAGAUAAUCUACAAAGAUGUAGCAGCUAUUCCUCUGGUGACAGACUUGUCGUAGUUUUAGUUUUAAGGACAUUUUUAACCUGGACAAGUUUCUUCUUAACUAUAUUGUUGAAUUUUGUAAGUCAUAUCAGCCGUAAUCAUUUGUUAUUCCAUAGUUGCAUGAAAAUCAGACCCUAUGGCAGUAGAAUGUUUAACCAUAUGUAGCGAUUAACAGGUGAUACUCAAUACAGUCUUAAGUAGCAAAGCCUGCAUAGACACAGCUAUAAAGGCAUUAGGGAAUUUUAUGUCUUUUGAUAUUGAUACUGCAGCCAUAGUAUGAAUGUAAUUACCUAUUACAUGACUUGUAAUACAUGUUACCUGUAAACAGGUCUGUCAAUUCAGCCUGAUAGCCGAAAGACUGUAUCAAAAAGUUAAUAAGGAUAAGGAGGUCCAGAUGUGACAAACUGUAUCCCUUGUUUGGACAUGACUAUUGAGUGACUAAGUUCGGUCAUCACAUUUGUAAUGAUGUUUCCACCCUGUAAUGCCAUCAAAUACCUAUCACGUAGAUCUGUGGCAGCUGUUUUCUAUCUAGUUGGUGUUUAAGAAUAAAAGUUUGCAGUGGUUUGGUGUUA